AUGGCGUUCCAGACUGAAGUCUCGGAUGGUUGGAAAAAGAAGCGCAAAAUAGAAAACAACAACCCAAAGCUUAUUGUUGGUGACAAAGUUGAAGUAAGGAGUCGUGAAGAAGGUUUAAAGGGGUCAUGGCACGUUGGAACUGUAAUUGCCCGUGAAAAACAGGCUCGUCGGGUGAAAUAUGAACAUCUUUUAUGUGAUAAUGAGUCAGAAAUGCUCACUGAACGUGUACGAGUUAGUUCCAUUGUUGAUGGGAUCGUUUCGAACAACAUGACACAGUCUCAUUGUCGUGGCCUGAUAAGGCCAUUACCACCUCUGCUUCAUGUUGCAGAAUGGUCUCCCCACUAUGCACAAUGUGUUGAUGUGUAUUACAAGGAGGCUUGGUGGGAAGGUGUGAUUUUUGACCAUGAAGAUGGUUCGGAGCAAAGAAAGAUUUUCUUUCCGGAUACAGAUGAAGUAAUGAAGUUUGGAAUUGAGAUGUUACGUAUUACUCAGGAUUGGGAUGAGUUUACCGAAGAUUGGAAGCCUCGUGGGAAUUGGCUAUUUCUCGAGUUCAUUGAGGAAUUAGAGCCAGAGUGGCCCCUUCAAGUUUCUGUGAGGCAAAUGUGGUAUGACUUACAGGGCAAAGAGGGUUUUGUGAAGCUUAAGGAGUGGAUUUGUUCUGCCAGAUCUAUCUGGGAAGAUCUGGUGUUGGAUGUUCUUAAUGAUAAUUUUAAGCUAACUCUAGACGAAUUUUUUCUCAAAUUGGAUCCUCCGGAGGGCUUGGUCCAGGAAUCCCAGCAGGCACUGGAAUUAUCUGAACCUCAUGAUGUUGUACCCUUUCAAGAUGAUGGCUCAGAGACCGGAUUGCUACCUCCAACUAAUCCCACUAAUGCUAGUGUUCCAUCUCAAGAGGACAUUGAUUGGGGUUUCAUGGAGGAAGGUGGAUUGGAUUUCAAUCUUCCAACAAGCUCAAAAAUGCCCUGCCCUGAGGAAAUACUGUGUGAGGAACCUCCGGCUUCAUCAAGUCCAUUGUUAAAUCCUGGUAAUUUUAGGAUCUAUAGCAAGCGGAAAGAUGCUAAAGACUUAUUGAGAAAAAAACCAACAGUGAGGAAGGAGAUAGCUGUCAAGCGUCCUCGUCAAUAUAUAGAUGUUGAACCUGAAUAUUGUCCUCAAGCCGUGUGGAACUAUUAUUUGCUUACAUUACGGGAUAAGGAUGACCACUAUAGCAAGCGGAAAGAAUCUAAAGACUUAAUUCCUAUAGUAAAGAAGCACCUCUCAUUUAUUGGGUGGAAAUUCUUUGCAGCUUGGAAGCAAGCUAGAUGGGAAUUGCGGUAUCAAUCGCCAAGUAAAGUUUACUAUUCUCUUCGAGAAGCCUGCAGAUGCUAUAUAAAUGAAGGAGGAUUAUCUGGUUUUGGUGUUUCUACCAGUAGACCAGAGCAAACUACAAGUGCCAAUGAGGAUGCCGAGCAGUUAGCUGGUGAUAAACCAUCUUCACCAUUAAUUGGUGAGAUGAAGGGAAAUUUGUUACUCCAAAAUGCAUUACCUGAAAACUGGGCAACAGAACCUUCUAGUUUGUCACCAUCAAGGAAACUUAUUGAACUUGAUGAAGUAGAAGUCCAAGGUAUUAGAGAACUCCAAAAAGAGAAAAAAAGUAAUGAACUAGACUUUGCAUCGCACUUGCUUCAUAAGGAGGACCAAAAUGCUAGAUCCCAAAUUCUGAAGAAUGGCCAAGAAUCUAAAAAUUCUUCAUUCAAAUUAACACGUGAUUCGGAUGACGAUUCUCCAAAAAGUGUGCCUCUAUCUAGAAAACGAGUCAAGAAGGUAGAGGUUCCUUCUUCCUCUUACCACGGUUCUCGAACUGUAUUGUCUUGGUUAAUUGACAAGGGUGUGGUGUUGCCUGGGGCGAAAGUGCAUUACCGUAACAAAAAGGAUCAUCAUUCAAUGGCAGAAGGGCAGAUAACUCGUGAUGGGAUCCUAUGCAGUUGUUGCCAAAACUUUUUUACACUUACUAAAUUCGAAGCUCAUGCUGGCAGCACUUACCACCGACCAUCUGCCAACAUUUUUUUAGAGGAUGGAAGGUCUCUAUCAGAAUGCCAGUUGCAACUCAAAUCUAAUGAUAAUAGUAGAAGCUUUAUAACAGAUACACAUGAGAUGAACGGUAAGAGGCAUCACAAAGCAAAUGAUCGCAUAUGUUAUGUCUGUAACUUUGGGGGUACAUUAAUUUUAUGCGAUCAAUGUCCAUCUUCAUUUCAUACUCAUUGCCUUGGUUUGAAGGAUAUUCCAGAAGGUGACUGGUUCUGCCCGUCAUGCUGUUGUGGAAUUUGUCACGAAAGCAAAUUUGACCAAGACGCUAAACAAUUGGAGAAUAGUGUUCUCAUUUGUGAUCAGUGCGAGCAUCAAUACCAUGCAGGAUGCCUAAGGAAGCUAGGUCUUAUGCAGCUGGACAGUAAUCCUGAAGGAAAUUGGUUUUGCAAUAAAAAUUGUGAACAGAUAUUUAUCAGCCUUCGCAAGCUUUUGGGUAAGCCAGUUUCACUGGGUAAAGAUGAUUUAACCUUGACUCUAUUGAAAUACACGAAACGUGACAAAGAUGAUGCCUCUGAUUAUGAUGCAUCACUGGAGAAUAACAACAAGCUCGUUGAUGCCCUUGGUUUAAUGCACGAGUGUUUUAAGCCUCUAAAAGAAUUUCGCUCGAGGGAUCUUGUUGAAGAUGUUAUCUUCAGCAGAUGUUCAGGGCUCAGGCGUUUGAACUUCAAAGGGUUUUAUACAUUCAUUUUGGAAGGAUAUGAUGAAUUGAUUACAGCUGCUGCUGUAAGGAUUUAUGGUAAAAAGGUGGCAGAAGUACCGCUUGUUGGUACACGGAGUGAUUUUCGCAAUCGUGGAAUGUGUCACAUCUUGAUGAAUGGGCUUGAAAAGAUGCUCAUGGAUUUAGGAAUCGAGAGGCUAGUUUUGCCUGCUGUUCCUGGCGUCGUGAACAGUUGGAUUACUUCAUUCGGGUUUUCAAAAAUGACAAAAUCUGAGAGACACAGUUUCCUGGAUUACACUUUCCUUGAAUUCCAGGAUAUUAUCAUGUGCCAGAAACUCUUAACGAGAAUCCCUUCUGCAGAACCAAGCCUAUUAGAAGGAACUCAGCAACAAUUUUAUGAGGAUGUCAAUGGAGGUGAUAAUGAUAUUGAUAUCGACCGAAAUUGUGCCGAUGAGUUAUUUCAAGCUGACCAAAUGGAAGCGACCGAAAUUGAGGACCAAUGUCAGGUGCAGUAUGUCUCCCCUCUCAUUUCUUCUGUGUUAUGUGGUUUAAACUAGAAGGAAUAUGUACAAGGACUCAAAUUUUCAUUAUAUAUAAUGAUGAAUAAAUACACACCCCCAAAAAUUACACUCAGCAUCCAGUAGAGAGAGUCAUAUUCAAGUCAGUUGAGGAAGAUAAAGGAGGAUUUCCGAUUUUGAGAGUUCAAUUUUUACUUUGUACAUGUCAUACUAAUGUAGAAGAAAAGUUUGUACAGAGAGAAUUCAUGUCAUACUAACGAAGAAGAAAAGUUUGUACAGAGAGAGUUCAUGUGGCCGAGCCCAUUCAUUUGAGUUAAGGCAAGGAUGAUGAUGAUGCUGAUAUCAAUUCAGAUGAAAGUGAUAUAUAUAUAUAUAUAUAUUGGGUUUAUUGUAUCCGUUGUUUUAGAAAAAUAUGACGAGAAGCUAAAAGUUGCAUUGAAUAUUAUGUCAAAUGCCCAGA